AUGCUUAUUUUUUUCUGGUGCUUUCUAUCGUUUGUGGCAAGAGUAGAAACUGGUGAUAUUACUGUUACUGAUUGCCUUAAAAAGCAUACCAAUGUGAGGUAUAGAGCCAUCAGCAACCACAAAUUUAUUGUAUCAUGUGACCUGCCAUCUGAAGACACUACAUCAAUUUACAACCAUUCUCCUCUUUAUGAAAAUCAUGUCAUGUGGUUCCAGCAAUCCAGUGAUGGAGGAGCCACUGUGAUCCUCAGUGAUAAAACUGCCAAUCCUACUCCUUUGGGGAAUUCACUCUGGUUUAACCCAAUAAAACCCGAACAUUCUGGAAUAUACAUCUGUAUGAAAAGGGAUAACAUAUCACCAUGUGUCAAUAUUUUAAUAACUGUUCAAACAAAAAUUAUGGCUAAUUGUUCAGUUAACAACAUAAAUGACAUUUACCUCUACGUGGACCAAGGAACAUCCAUUGGUUGCCCAGGGAAAAACUGUUACUCUAAUUUUCAACAAUCACCAGUGAAAUGGUACAAAAAUGGAGUACAAGUAAAACUUAAAAAGAAAAGACCUGGCCUACAAUUCUACCAUGAUAAACUAGUGCUGCGUUCUGUGUAUGAUAAAGAUAAUGGCACUUAUACAUGCGAUUUCAUGUUGACUGACAAUGGUAUACAAUGGAAAAUGAGAACAAUACUAAAUGUGCAUGUUAUCUCAAAAGACACUAUCCAUCCUCCAAAGGUUUUGAAUCCGAGUGAUGGGAUGACCCUUGAAGUAGAAAUUGGUCAACUGAUUGAUCUUGAAUGCAAAGCACAAUUUGGUUUUGAAAUGAAUGUUUCCUCCUCACUGGAGUGGUACCGAGAAACCAGUAAAAGCAAGCAACUGAUACAGCAAGAGAGAGUUCAUCCACAGGGACUGGAUGGAGAAACCUUUUCUCUUACCUUCAAACUGAUAAAAGUAACUGAAGAAGAUCUAAACAGCCACUUCAUCUGCUUGGCCCAAAAUUCUAUUGGGAAUGCUACUGGAGUGAUCAAACUUAAGAGGCAAACAGAAAAAGCAAUCCUUUUCUUGCUUAUUUUGUGUGGCACUAUUAUUAUACUACUUGGAGGGGUUUCAGGAGGCCUGCUGGUUUAUAGGCACUGGAUCGAACUUGUAUUGUUCUAUCGGAAUUACCUAGCCAAAGAUGAAACUCUGAGUGACUGGAAGGAAUUUGAUGCUUUUGUCUCCUAUGCAAAACCGGAGUUCACUGAAGCCAACCAAGAACCAUGCAUUGAGGAGCAGUUGGCUCUAGAAUUUUUUCCACUCAUUUUAGAACACGAUUAUGGAUAUAAGCUAUGUCUUACAGAAAGAGACAUCCUUCCAGGUGGAGCCUACACUGACGACAUUGUAAGUGCCAUGAAAAAGAGCAGGCGGGCCAUCAUCAUUUUGGGUCCAAACUACGCUAAGAAUACCCAGGCUCUCUUUGAACUUGAAGCAGCAAUCAACACUGCCUUGGAAGAUAAAACAAUGAAACCCAUCCUAGUACAAGUUGAGACUUUUCAGGAACCACCUUCAUUAUCUCCUAAGGUGAGGAAAGCCCUCAGGAUUUUACCCAGGGUUACCUGGAGAACAUCUACCUCCCCUUCAGCUAAUAAGCAGUUCUGGAAGAAAUUACGGUAUCACUUGCCAGUGAAACAUAACAACUGUGCCUUGGACAAGUGGCCUACAUUUCCCAUCAGCAACCGUUGGUGUUGGUAA